AAACCGCUACUGCGUAUAUCCUCCUUGGCCCAACCUAUCCCAGACUUCAUGGCGCGGCGGUGGGUGUGGAUAAUUUUGCCAAAACAAACGGCGGAAGAGCGGCGGCCGAAGAGUAAACUUUUAAAAAGCUGAGCUCUCAGAAAUAAUCCACAACCCAUCGUGCAAUGAAGGAAAUGUAUAUCAAUGAAGGUGAUUUCAAACCUGACAACAGGUCUUCUAUACAAAACCCCACAGGUCCAAAGUGCUACAAGAGAGGCUUUUAUGUACUUGUUAUUCUCUCCUUGGGCCUGCUGGCUGGAAUUAUCACUCUUGCUUUGUACUAUAAAACAUGUCCUGCAGGAUGGAGCAUGUUCAGUCAUAGCUGUUAUCUCCUGUCUGGAAGAUCUGACUCCUGGCAUUCAGCUAGAAAAAACUGCAUAGACCAAGGAGCAGAUUUGGUGGUGAUAGGCAGCCCUGAAGAACAGAACUUCAUCGCUUCAUUCACCGAGAAACGGACUUGGAUUGGUUUAAAUGACAUAGAACAAGAGGGAACGUGGAAAUGGGUAGAUGGAUCGCCUCUGACUCUGCAAUACUGGGCAUCUGGCCAGCCUGACAACCACCACCUUAGAGAGGACUGUGCUCAUAUCAGAGAUCCAGGAACUUCCUGGAAUGAUGAAAGAUGUGACGAUUCUUACCAGUGGGUCUGUGAAAAAGUACUGUAACGGCUGAAUUUGUUUGAAAAUUCAGCUGUUACAGUACUUAUGUAAUUUUACAUA